AUGUUAUCUGCAUCUGCUCCUUUUGAGGGUCCGGAGAAGCUGCUGGAGGUGUGGUUUGCACCCUCCCCAUCUCACGUUCCCGAUGCCAACUCGCCGAAAAAUGGCAAGUUCGGGUUGAGAAAAGUCCCUCGAAUCGUAUGGGAGGACAUGCUUGCAGUUGUCAAGUGCAAGGUGCUCAGUGUCAUCGAAGGUGAUGAAACUGACGCCUAUUUAUUGAGCGAGUCAUCGCUGUUUGUUUUCGCACAUCGUAUCAUUUUGAAAACAUGUGGUACGACUCUUAACCUCCUGGGUCUCCCAGGCAUACUUGACAUUGCGCGGGAUUAUGCAUCCCUGCCGUCUGUGCACCAGUGUUUUUAUUCUCGCAAGUCUUUCAUGUUCCCAGAACGUCAACUCGGGCCACACCGGGAGUGGAAAGACGAAGUUGCAUUUUUGGAUGCCAUAUUCCCAUGGGGUGCUGCGUAUACAGUAGGCAAGGUGAACGGCGACCACUGGUUGCUUUACAUAACAAGCCCGAGCAAGGCCGUCCCCCCUGAUAUAGCCGAAGUGCCUCCGACCCAGGAUUACACGAUUGAGAUCCUCAUGAGUGAUCUUUCCCCUGAGGCUCGCGAGCCUUUCUUUUUCUCGGCUUCUCCCUCACCACAGGACGAUGUGCCCGCAGACCAGCUGCCGUCCAUUCUUGGUCAGACUUUGUCUUCUGCUCUCCGGAUAACGGAGAUCUUUCCGCCCCACUUGACCACAUUGGACGCGUAUGCCUUUUCCCCUUGCGGGUACUCCUCCAAUGCCCUACUCAAUUGGGGCGACGCUGCUCCGGAUCGUCGCAGAGGAGAAGGCUAUUACACUAUCCACGUCACACCUGAGGAAGGCUGGUCCUAUGCUAGUUUUGAAUGCAACGUGCCCCUUUCCUCGCGGCCAUCCUCUAAGAAAGACAUCCCCGAUCUGCAGACACUUGUCAGGCGUGUGGUCAACAUAUUUCGACCAGCAAGACUCAGCCUCACACUUUUCAUUUCGAGUCAGCACAACAAUAGCACCGAGGAGGAGGGUGCUGAUACUACUGUCGAGGUUGCGCAGCGAGCUUUCAAAGCCGCCUUGACCUCGUCCCCCGGUGGACUGGAGCCAGGCAGCUGGGACCCAGCAGACUCCCAGAGGGUUUAUAGAAGAACAGAUAAAAUCAAUUAUGAAUUUGGCGGAUACGACUUAGCGUUCGCGAGUUUCGAACUUCGAUGA